AUGGGAGCAAAGCUGAAUUCGAAGGUUGUCAGGGAUAAGGCUGCUGGGGUGAAAAAGAACUUGGAUUCGGCGUUUGGUAAUGCCGAUGCAACAAAUGCUGAUUUGGUCUCUGAUUCUCCUCGUAAGGAACCACCAUUCGGAAGCGGUUGCAGGGGCUUAGGGAAAAGAAAUAACUUAGCGGCUGAUUUGGAGAGGAAUGAAGCUGAGUUAAAGAAGAAGCAGAAGACUCGCAGUGGUACAAUAAGAGUAACCAUUCCGACUAAGCAAAUUGAGGCGGAAACAGACGAACUGUGGCCAGACGAACUGUUGCCGGAAUCUGAUGUGGAGGAAGAUGAAAGGAAAAGGUGUGGAAGAAUAAAGGAGUAUCGGCUGAAAGCUGUUCAAUUAUAUUCAGAUGGGUCUCAAAUGAGUGCGGAAUUUGGUCCUUCUGUACCAUUUCCCCACAUCGGAGACAAUGUAACGACGUGCAUGAGAAAAGGUUUAGAACCUUCACCUGCAAUAUAUGAUCUCCUAGGACCUGUUGAUCCGGUUAAAAGGGAUAAUCUUUUGCAACACCUAAAGCCACACGAGGAAAUUCCACAUGGAGAAACUCACGAGGAUAUUGAGUUCUACAUAAUCCUCAUCACUCCAAGACCUUGGCCCAUCAAAGAAUAUGGAUGGCUGAUUGAAAAUCAUAUUGCUGCGUAUAUUAGAGUCCUCAUUCAAAGGUCCAAACAAGAUCCCAGCCCAUUCUGGUCCAAGCGCGUUGCCUUUAUAGACUCUUGGUUCCUUCAAUCAUGGGUUCACGAUUAUAAGGAGUUCGAAGCCAAACCGGAAAUGGUCAAAUUCAAAGGAAGUGGUUACGAGGGGUUAGCAAACGGUUUGAUCCCCACAUACAUUCAGACAAAGUUGCGGUGGUUUACAUAUGUAGAUCACUUGUACGGAGUGCUUAAUACUGGCGGCAAUCAUUGGGUGGGUUUUCACGUGGAUCUGCAUAAAGAGAAGGUUGAUUGCUAUGAUUCAAUCGUUGGAGAGCAAACACUCGAAAGUGAGCUGAGAAUGCUAAAUUUCUUUAGGCCGCUUACUGGUAUGAUCCCUGCGAUUCUGAAUGCCCUUAUUCCUGAUGAUAUCCGAGUCCCUACCAAGAAAAAGUUUGUAUUCAGACGAAGAACAAAACGUAUUGUUCCACAAAACAACCUGAGAGGCGACUGUGGAGUGUAUGCAUUGAAGUUCGUUGAGUGUCUAGCGCUUGGUGUAGCUUUUGAUGGGAUAUCGGAUGAAAAUAUUCAAGGUCUGAGAAUGAAGAUGGCAGCAGAUGUCUUCGAUGAAGGAAAUUGUAGUUUGGUAUGGUCGUUUGGCGAUGAAUGA